AUGCCAAUCAAAGAGACCGGAUUUCAUCCAACUCCCGCACUCCAAUUAGCUGGCCAGGGCGCAAUCGGUGGUUCUGGUGUUGGAUUCCUCGUGUCGACCGUGAGGAAUGCGCUAGAGACGCACAAUAAAGGUGCGAUGGGUGUUUUCACUAGAACAGGCUCGACAAUUUCAUAUUUCGCUGCUGUCGGCGCAACUUUCGCAUUUACAGAGACAGCAGUGAGCAAUGUAAGAGGUGAUCAGGAUGCAAUCAGCAGUGCGGCAGGUGGAUGUGCGGCAGGGUCAUUAAUAGGAGCUAGAUCCAAGAGCAUUCCUGCUGCUGCUGGAGGAUGCUUGUUGUUCGGUGCUUUGAUGGGUGCUUUCCAGGCUGCCGGCGGUACCCUCACGGCCGGCAUCGGUCCUCAUCCCUCACUCGAAGAGAGAAGUAACAAGAGAGAGUCUUUCGCUACACUUAGACAGGUUCCAGGAGGAUCGAAGGAGGAGUAA